GUCCCCGGAAUCGCGACGGACCCUCCACUCUUGAUACUCCCCAGUUUCAUAAAUACCCAACAGGCGCAGUUAUCUCCUCCCCAAUUCCUCUUCAAUCAUGUCCUUGAUCUUCCGUCGUGGAAUCGCUUCAAUGGCCUCGCUGAAAAAGGCUUCAAAAGUUGUCUGCAUUGGGCGGAAUUAUGCAGACCACAUCACGGAACUAAACAACCAGAGGCCCAAACAACCCUUCUUCUUCUUGAAGCCGGCGUCUUCCAUUCUCCCUCCUGGAGCUGGACCCGUUAUUAGACCGAAGGGCGUGGAUUUACACUUUGAGGUCGAAUUGGCUUUGAUUAUUGGGAAGCAGGUCAAGGAUCUCGAGGCUUCAGAUGAGAAGGGUGCUUUGGAUUCUAUUGAGAGCUAUGCCCUUGGUAUCGACUUGACGGCGCGCAACAUCCAGAAUGAGGCCAAGAAGAAGGGUCUCCCAUGGGAUAUUGCCAAGGGCUUCGACACGUUCCUCCCAGUCAGCGAGAUAAUUCCAAAAGCUGCGAUCCCAGACCCUCAUCAAGUCGAACUGUACCUCACCGUUAACAAUGAGCACCGCCAAGCCGAUUCUACGGAAUUGAUGCUCUUCCGAAUCCCCAGAAUCCUGAGCGAUAUCUCGAAGGUCAUGACAUUAGAGAAGGGAGACAUUGUGUUGACUGGUACUCCAAAAGGUGUGGGACCUGUUGUACCUGGAGAUAUCAUGAGAGCCGGCUUGAAGGUAGGAGGAAAGGAAUUGCCAGAGGGGAAGAUUGAGGUUGAGGUUAAGGAGUCGACGAGUACAUAUGAGUUCAAGGAGACAUAGCGGGUUGCGUUAAAAAUGUAUUUUUGGAUACCCUACCAACAGUGGAUUUGUGCCAAACAGUCAUUCUAAGUUCGGGUCCUUUAUCUCACCAGGCUUCG